UUUGGCUUUCGUGAUGUCAUAGCGACGUGUGCACAAACGUUACGUCGUCACGUCACAGGAAUGGUGGACAGCCGUAGCGUACGGAGCGACAUGACAACUGUGAGAAACUUACGAGCUAAAGAGACAGUUUUACGACACCACUGAAGCCUUACACUGAUGGACAACAAAAGAAGUCAUGAUGAGAGAUAUUGAUUCAAGAGAGAGGGUUCAAGAUGACACAUGGUGUGAAGGGGCACAAAAUGAGGAAGAGGAGGACGACGAGGAGGUGAGCCCUAUUAGAUCCAGUUUCUCCGUGGAGGACCUGCUCGAUGAGGUGGAGAAGAUCAGCAGUGUUGCCAGCAGCGGCAAAAAGGUGGAGAUUGUAGUGAGACUGUGGAAAAAUGGUUUCACGUUAAACGAUGAAGAUUUACGCAGUUACACACUAGAAGAAAACCAAGAGUUCUUGGAGGCCAUUAAAAGAGGUGAGCUGCCUCUGGAGCUAGAAGGAAGAGCCGAGGAUGAAGAACUAGAAGUCAAUGUGGAGGACAUGAAAGAUGAAGUUUAUGUCCCAAAGAAAAAGACCUUUCACCCGUUUACAGGCCGAGGUUACAGACUGGGAAGCGUGGCUCCGCGAGUGGUGGCCAGGUCUCGGUCGAUACAUGAGGACUGUUCUGGUCCUCCUCUCCCAGCUGUGGAGCUGAAUGAGGACCUCCCUGUGACCUCCCUCCAGAUUUGGCUGGCAGAUGGUCAGCGUCUCGUGCAGAGGUUCAAUCUGUGCCAUCGGAUCAGUGAUGUGCAACAUUUUGUGGAGCAGGCUCAGAGAACGGACGCACCGUUCGUCCUGACUACAUCCCUGCCGUUCCGAGAGCUGAGAGAUGAGGGUCAGAGUUUGGAGGAAGCUGAUUUAGCGAAUGCUGUCAUCGUUCAGAGGCCUCUCAACACACAAGCUCCUUUUGGUCACUCCUGACUGUUCCUGCUUGCACCAGAGACUCAGAUUUAUUGGUCCCACACAUUUGAGAGACAUUUCAUAAAUCCUUCUCUCUUAAAGGAGUAGAUCACGAAAAUCAUGAAAAUGCACUCACCCUCAGGCCAUCCAAGUUUGUUUCUUCAUGGGAACAGAUUUGGAGAAAUUUAGCAUCACAUCACUUGCUCACCAAUGGAUCCUCUGCAGUGAAUGGGUGCCGUCAGAAUGAGCGUCCAAAGAGCUAAUAAAAACGUCACAAUAAUUCACAUGAAUCCAGUCUAUCAAUUAACGUCUUGUGAAGCCAAAAGCUGUGUGUUUGUAAGAAACAAAUCAAUCAUCGAGAUGUUUGUAACAUCAAAUCAUUGCAUCUGACAAAAAUGCAAGUCCUCUAUCCAUGAUAUUGCUUCCUACAGUAAAAAAGUUUGUCUUAUCUAAAUCAGGAGAGAAAUAUGCACACAUUAGGCACCGUUUAUAGGCCAAAACAAAUAUGUCAGUGGAUUUUGAUGUGAGAGGACGGAAGAGAAAAAAAAAUAUUAUGAAUGAUGGACUUGUAUUUUGUCCAGAAGCAACAGUUUAAAGUUAAAAUGUAUUAAUGAUGGAUUUGUGUUUUGCAAACAUGCUGCUUUUCGCUUCAUAAGAUGUUUAUUGAUAGAUUGGAGUGGUGUGGAUUACUGAAUUAUUAUGAUGUUUUUAUCAGCUGUUUGGACUCUCAUUCUGACGGCACCCAUUCACUGCAGAGGAUCCAUUGAGGAGCAAAUGAUGUAAUGCUAAAUUUCUCCAAAUCUGUUCCCAUGAAGAAACAAACUCAUCUACAUCCUGGAUGGCCUGAGGAUGAGUAAAUCUUUGUUCCUUUUAAACCAUAAAAACCAGUGUUUUUUGUUUUUCCAAUUUUGUCUGAUUUUGAAAACCCUUCUAAUACAUUAUAGAUGGCCACUCAACACAAAUAGAUUUAAAUGAAUAGUUCACCAAAAAAUGAAAAAUCAGACUGAAAUGGUUGUCGAGUUGACUGACUCAGUGAUCCAGUCACAGCAAGUUAACAGUUCACUGGAUUAAAAGAUAAACAGUGAAUAACAGUUUAAAUUUCAGUCAAAAUGGAAUGACACGUGGGUGAUUAAAAAUGGUAAAUGAUGACAGAGCUUUCAUAUUUGGGUGAAUUAUUCUUUUUAAUUCAUGUUCUUUCACAGUUGGAUGUGUUGGCCUUUUCUGAUGCAAUGCAGUAUGCACAAGCCAAGUCUUUAACCUUUACUAAUAUACAUGUUUACACAUAGAUCAAUGAAGAAUUCAGAUCAUGGAAGCUGCCAUGAUGCUUAAUGGAGUUGUGUUCGAUCAUGUGUGCUAGUAUGUCUUACUGUGAACCGUUAAGUUAUAAAUGUCAAAUGUUUCAUGCACUUUGCCUAAGACAGAGGCUCUGUUAUAAAGACCUCUGCUUGCAAUAAACCUACUGAAGAUAUGCUGAUUCCUUUUCUCAUUUCAAAGGGGAGUGUUUUAAAUGCUCACAGAGACUUUCUGAUCAAUAUGCUGCUUUUUGUGUGAAUGCGUUUGGAUUCAUCUUCUAUUACUUUUAAAUAUUUUAGAAGUGCAUUUGAAAAAAGAAAUCAUAUAGUUUGAUUGUCUUUUAUCAGUUUUUGUGUAGUUUAAGUUGGUCCACUAUCAAUCUGCAA